GAGAAAAACAUCGCUUUGCGGGCGCAGUUAAACACUGAGCACCGCAGUUAUCUUUACUCUACUUAUUUUUACUCAUAUCUUAGCUGCUAUUGUCGUUGCAAAAUGGGGAAGCGCAAGGUUGGAGCGCUCGAAAAGGUCGAGGCUGAUCUGCCGAAUUUGCAACAUAAGAUUAGAAGGGACCCGGUGUCAUACAAGGACGAUUUUGCCAGUCAAUACCACCAAUAUGAAAGUCAUCGAGAGAUUUUCAUGCGCGCGCCAGGCUCUGCGACUGAUGCGGGCCUCAUAUCUCUCCGAGAACUUAUUGACUUCGUGGCGCACGUUGCGGACUGUUAUCCCGAGAUUACUAAAUCCUUCCCCGAGGAUUUGAUGAACCUGAUUACACUUCAUCACACGGACCUGGAACCUGAACUCCGAGAAAAGAUUGUGGGAAGCUUAGUGCUUCUUCGAAAGAAGGAUGUGAUUGACUCGUCAGCCCUCCUUCAGACUCUUUUCCCACUUCUCACGACCACGCCGAGCAAAUCCCUUCGAGCGCUGCUCUUUCAAAAGAUUCUAUCUGAUCUUCGGUCUUCCAAUGCCAAGACCAAGAACCACCGCCUCAAUCGCACGAUACAGACUGUCUUAUUUAACCUUGUUGUAUCCGAUCGCACAUCGUCAAAAGGCCUUUGGGCAGUCAAGUUGACAAGAGAGCUAUGGAAGCGGCAGAUUUGGACAGACUCCAAAACGGUGGAGAUUAUGAAGGAGGCUAGCUUGUCGGAUAACGAAAAGGUUAUCCUGGGCGGUGUCCGGUUUUUCCUUGGCGGCGACAAGGAAAGAGAAGAGUUGGCGGAAGAGGAAAGUGACGAUGAACCAGACAUUGACAUGGGCAAGUUGAGGCAUCAGGCAGGCAUCAACAAGAAGACCAGAAAGCAAUCUAAAUCACUCGAAAAGGCGGCAGCGACGGUGAAGAGGCGAGAGCGCAAGAAGAAUCAACCCCACCCCUUGAACUUCUCGGCGCUUCAUCUUCUCCACGAUCCUCAGGGAUUCGCAGAGACACUUUUCCAGAAGCACUUACAGAACACAAAAUCCAAGCUCAACCUUGAGCAAAAGCUUCUCGUUCUGCAGCUUGUUUCUCGUCUUGUUGGUCUACACCGACUUACUGUUAUCAGCUUAUACUCCUACUUCCUCAAAUAUCUCACGCCUCGCCAACCAUCUGUCACUUCAUUCCUAGCCUCGCUUGCCCAGUCCACACACUCUCUCGUCCCGCCUGAUGUCCUCGAGCCACUGAUCCAGAAGAUUGCCAACGAGUUCGUUUCCGAGGCAGCAGCCGCAGAAGUCGCCUCAGCCGGUCUCAACGCGAUCCGUGAGAUUUGUGUUCGACAACCUCUCGCCAUGAACGAAACCUUGUUGCAGGAUCUAGUCAUGUACAAAUCCAGCAAAGACAAGGGUGUCAUGAUGGCCGCAAAGGGACUUCUCAGUCUGUACCGAGAAGUUGGCGCCGACCUUUUGCGCAAGAAAGACCGAGGCAAGGCCGCAACCAUGGAACUUAAGCUGGGCGAGCGCAAACAGCGCCGGUUCGGUGAGGAGGACAUUGGCGGCAUCGAAGGCCUCGAACUCCUAGAGGCAUACAAGGAAGAAGAACGCAAGCGCAAGCGCGAAGCCAAGGGCCUCCCUGCUGACGCAGGCGCCGACGGAGAAGGCAACGGCGACGGCGACGAAGAAGAAGAAGAAGACGAAGACGAAGACGACUGGGGCGCCUGGAACAUUGAAGACGAGGAGGACAGCGACGACUCCGGCGGCUGGAUCAACGUCGAAUCCGACGGUGAAAUCGACAUUAGCGACUCGGACUCUGACCGCGAAACCAAACCCUCAGCCGCCAAAAAGGCCAAGCUCGACAAGAAAGCCAAUCCAGCUGCUCGCGACGUCGACGUCGACGGCGCCGCCGCAGAGGAAGAAGAAGAAAACGCAGACGCAGAAGCCGAAGCCGAAGCCGCCCGCCAACGCGUCCUCAACCUCGCCACCACCCGCAUCCUCACGCCCGCCGACCUCGCCAAGCUGCAAGAACUCCGCACCCAGGCCUCCGUGUCCAAGCUCCUGCCCGAAACCCAGCGCCGUCUGCACGCCGCGGCCAAAAUCCAAGCCGCCGCCGCCGCCAGCCACAACCGCCACGUGGACGACCCCCUGACCGCCGCGGAAAUCGAAGGCCUCGCCAUGCUCUCGCACAAGCAGGACAAGGAGUCGCGCGACGCGGCCGUCAAAGCCGCCAAGGGCGAGCGCAACGAACAUAAGUCCUCGGCCGCCCUGCGCAAAGAGAAACUCCGCUCCCAGGGCAAGAGCACGACGAAUAAAGAAAAGGCGCGCAAGAAGAACUUCCUCAUGACCCUCGGCAAAGCGCGCUUUAAGCAGAAGCGCAGUCUUGUCGAGACGCAGAAGGUGCUCAAGGGCCAUGUGGAGCGGUCGAAGAGAGGCGGGCGCCGUGGAAAUAAUGGGUGAUUGUACCUUGUCUUUGUUUUGUCCCCGUUUUUAAACUACGUACCUCC